UUGAAGAUCUUUCUGCAGAAUACAGGCUCUUUCAAUUUCCCGUCCAUAUAUUGGAGACGCGUUACGGUCGAAAGGAAGCAGCCAGAAACUUGAGAUAAACUUUAACUCAGGACGGAUAUAAUGAUAAUAUAAAGCUUUUGGCCAUUUCCGCAUACAGUACAUAAAGGGUAUGCAAAGGCGUCUCUAGCAUUGACUAGUUUUUUGUCAGAAACUCAGAGGAGGAAAGACAUAUUUUUGGGAUGUUUUUGCGAAUAUAGUUAUUGUGGAAGCUGUUUAUUAUAAUCCAUAAGGACUUUACGAAACUUUGGACGUGCUCUUUUAACUACAGCAGGUGUUAGGGCUGCGCAAAACUGUAUUUUGAAAUUAGCUACGUUGUUUAUCUGGCGGGGGCAAGACAACAAGGUAAUGUGAGAUCGGCCCGUGUGUACAGUGCGCCAGUAUGAGCGCGUGAGUUAUGACACUGGAAGAAAAGAUCAUUUCUACCUGAGAGGACACGCGCAAUCACGCAUGUGUGCGCGCCUGGUUUAAACUUUUAAACUCCCUGUUCAGAAUUCCAAAUUAAAGAAGGGAAAAGGACUAAAUCACUUAAUUAAAAAAGAAAUGGAGAUUCAGAAGUACCUGCUAUUAUUGAAGAUCACAGUUCUUCUCAGAGGGCUGUGUGAGUGUUUUAACAUUGAUGUUAAGAGGCCACGGAUCUUCAGUGGGCCUGAAGAUGCUCUUUUUGGUUUCUCUGUGCUACAGCAUGAGAGCAAUGGAGAGAAAUCAAUUCUGGUUGGUGCUCCAUGGGAUGGACCAUCUAAUAACAGGAUGGGAGAUAUUUACAAAUGCAUUGUGGGAGAUGAGAUGGAAUCUAAUUGCUCAAAAGUUAACCUAGGUCAAAAUGCAUUUCAGAAUGUGUCUCGAAAUCUUAAAAAUUCUCAUUUGGGGAUGACGCUGACCCCAGCUGCUUCAGACGGAUUCCUGGCCUGCGCUCCACUGUGGUCCCAGGAAUGUGGAACAUCUCUGUUCAGCACAGGAAUCUGUGCAUCCGUCACCCAUGAUAUGGAGCCCAAAGAAAUCAUUGCACCCACCGCCCAGAAAUGCACCACAUAUAUGGACAUAGUGAUUGUUUUAGAUGGUUCCAAUAGUAUCUACCCCUGGUACAAGGUGCAGAAUUUCCUUAGCAACAUCCUCAGCAAAUUCCACAUAAGCCCUGAGCAAAUGCAGGUGGGCGUUCUACAGUACGGGGAGAUCUCAGUCCACGAGUGGUCUCUCAAGGACCAUCAGACAAAACAGAAUGUGGUGGAAGCGGCUAAGAACAUCAGUCGUCAGGGGGGACGAGAGACCCGUACUGCGUACGCCAUCCAAAUGGCCUGCACAGAAGCCUUCAGUCCAGACAGAGGAGCGAGGGAAGGAGCUACUAAAGUGAUGAUAGUCGUGACAGAUGGAGAAUCCCAUGAUGGUGACGAGCUUACUGAGGCGCUGGCCGAGUGUGAGAAACGUAACAUCACCAGAUACGCCAUAGCUGUAUUAGGUCACUACAUCCGCAGACAGCAGGAUCCAAAGACUUUUAUCAAUGAGAUUAAGUACAUUGCCAGUGACCCUGAUGAGAAAUACUUCUUCAAUGUGACAGAUGAAGCAGCACUGAAUGAUAUUGUAGAUGCAUUGGGGGAUCGCAUUUUUAGUCUAGAGGGGACCUUAGGAUACAAUAAAAGUACCUUUUUAAUGGAGAUGUCUCAGAUUGGUUUUUCAACACACAAGUUGGAUGAUGGCAUCUUGUUUGGGAUGGUGGGUGCAUACGACUGGGAGGGAGGGGUGCUGAAGAAGAGCCCAGAGGGGUGUCUCAAGCCCUCACGAGAAGAGUUUGAGAAGGAGUUUCCACUGGAGCUAAAGAACCAUGCAGCCUACCUAGGUUACACUGUGUCCUCAGUGGUGGUAGGUGACUGGAGGAGGUUGUAUGUUGCCGGUGCGCCCAGAUUCAAACACAAAGGAAAGGUCAUUCUGUUUGAUCUCACCCCUGUGGGCAAUGUCAUCAUCACACAGGCCCUAAAUGGAGAACAGAUUGGCUCAUAUUUUGGCAGUGAGGUGUGCGUGGUGGAUGUGGAUCAGGACGGGAUAACAGAUAUCCUGCUCAUAGCAGCUCCCAUGUUCUUGGGAGCAGGAAACAAAGAAACAGGCAAAGUCUAUAUCUACUGUCUGGAUGGGGAUGGUUUUGCACCUAAUGGUACCCUGCAUUCUCAAAAGAAGGCACAGGAUGCACGGUUUGGUUACGCCAUGACUGUAGCUCCUGACCUAAACCAUGACGGAUACGCAGACCUCCUCGUGGGAGCUCCACUAGAGGAUGACCACCAAGGAGCUCUUUACAUCUACCACGGCGAUGAAUUCUACAUAAUUCCUCAAUACAAACAACGUAUUCCAGGCUCCUCUCUCUCAGUGGGGCUGCAGUAUUUCGGCCGUAGCUUGAGCGCUCUGCUAGAUCUGGAUGGGGAUGAUUUACUGGAUUUGUCUGUGGGAGCACAGGGCACAGCAGUGCUGCUAAGGUCACGCAGUAUAGUCCAGAUCAACGUGAGCAUGUUAUUCAAGCCACAAACCAUAAAUGUGAUCCAGAAGAACUGCCACAGGGCUGGCCGAGACUCGGCAUGCCUUAAUGCCACGGUUUGCUUCUCGGCCCUGUCUCGCUCUCCUAGCUCUUAUGGCACAUAUUUUGAUAUGCAGAUGUGGGCCAUGCUGGAUGACAGAAAGAUCUCGGCUCGUGCUCUGUUUGACUACAACUCCCAAAGGCAGACCCAGAUGGGCGUCAGCAUUCGUGUUGGAUAUCCCAUGUGCUACACGCUUCCAUUUCAUGUUUUUGACACAGCUGAUUACAUUCGGCCAAUCAUCUUCACCCUGCGCUUUAAACUCAAUGACACAGAGAUUGGCCCAGUUCUAGACGAGGGCUGGCCAACAACAGUCAAGAAGUCUAUCCCAUUCUUUAAAGACUGUGGGGAGGAUGAUGUGUGUGUCACCGAUCUGACUCUACAGGCCCAUAUGGACAAUCGUGGAACUAGGCAGCAACCGUAUGUGAUACGCAGCCCUCGACGACGGCUGGCAGUAGAGGUGCAGCUACAAAACCGGCUAGAAAAUGCUUAUAACACCAGUCUUACUCUUUAUUACUCUAAAAACCUGCACUUCAGCAGCCUGAGUAUACGGGAAGAUGCCCAGUUUAAGAUUGAAUGUACAGCUCUGAGCUCAAACAGUCACUCCUGUAAUGUCAGUUACCCAGUGUUCCGCUCUCAGUCAAAGGUGAAUUUCAUGCUGGAAUUUGAGUUCAGUUGUACAUCUAUCAUCAGUAAGGUGCAGAUGAAACUUGUUGCUUCCAGUGACAGUAAGGAGAGUGAAGACACUCUGUCGGACAACAUUGUUCAGUUACAGAGUGUUGUUCAGUAUGAGCCUGAUCUCUUUAUCACAAGUGACUCCAACUUAAACCGCUAUGAGGUCCACCCGACCAGGACUGUGUCAGAGGGAACCGGGCCCGAGUUCUACACACAUUUCAGGGUGCAGAAUUUAGGUUGUUACGUGGUCAGUAAUCUGAAGCUUACUGUCAAUUUGCCAUCAGCAGCUUCAGGAGACAGAGUUUUCGCGACUGUGGUUGAUGCUUUCUCUCACAAUGCUUCAGGUGUAAACUGUAGUAUAGUCAGUGAUCUCUCUAAGCUGAAGGCUAGUCAGAGACAUGUUCGUCCACUUCACCCAGAGGACAUGAAGAAAACUGAACUAUUGAAUUGCAGUUCCUCAUGGUGUGUGGAGGUUGUGUGUCUAGUGCAGCAGCUAUUGAAGGGAGAGACCGCUCUGAUUCGCAUCACGAGAAGAAUACACGACAGUUUCUUUAGACAGGCCAAGUUUAAAGCAGUGAUGAUUGUGGGCUCUUUCCAGCUGUCUGCUCAGGAGUCCAGCUUGAUUUCAAUGGGAAAUGCUGCCCUCUUGAGGGAGACUGUUUUAGAAGUUCUGAAAGGGCGGUCAAUCCCGAUCUCUCUCUGGAUUCUCAUUGGUAGCAUCAUUGGAGGACUGCUGCUUCUAGCACUCUUAGUGUUCAUCCUUUGGAAGUUGGGCUUUUUCACGAGGAAACAGAGGAAGGAUGAGGAUGGGAAGGAUGACAACUGAGCUCUAAAAUCACUGCAGCUGAUUUCCUUUACAAUCAGAAAAUGUGCCUUUUGCAGCGAUUACUUUCUCUUUGAGACA